CCAUCCACACUCCACAGCCACGCCACGGCCAUUGCCCACCACCCAGAGCACGCGGCGGCUUGUCGCCGUGCGCGCCGGCACCACCACCACGCGAGGCACGCCCAUGGCCAUGGCGCCUCACGCCUCGGCGGCCACCGCAGCCGCUACCCCUGCGCUGCGCUUUCCCCACACUUUGUCCGCCACGGGCCUCUCCUCGUCGCCUCUCGCUGGGGGCUGCGGCGGCUGCCGGGUUCGGUUCCGCCCCAGCCGGCGCGGACCGGGUAUGCAGGGGCGCCGAGAAGGUGGCUCCCACUUGGCGCGCGUGGGGGGCCUGCUGGGCAGCGUAUUCGGCGGGGGCGGCCGCGACGACGGGGAGGCCACGCGGAAGAAGUACGCCGACACCGUGGCGCGCAUCAACUCCAUGGAGCCCGAAGUCUCCGCGCUCUCAGACGCCGACUUGCGCGCACGCACCGCCGCGCUCCAGGACCGCGCUCGCACCGGGGAAUCCCUGGAUUCCCUUCUCCCCGAAGCAUUUGCUGUUGUGAGGGAGGCUUCCAAGAGAGUUCUAGGUCUCCGUCCCUUUGAUGUGCAGUUGAUUGGUGGCAUGGUUCUGCACAAGGGGGAGAUUGCAGAAAUGAAGACUGGAGAGGGGAAGACUCUUGUGGCCAUUCUGCCAGCAUUCUUAAAUGCUUUGAGUGGGAAAGGAGUGCAUGUUGUCACUGUAAAUGAUUAUCUUGCAAGACGUGAUUGUGAGUGGGUUGGUCAAGUUCCCCGAUUUCUAGGACUGCAGGUUGGCUUAAUUCAACAGAACAUGACACCUGAGCAAAGGAGGGAAAAUUACUCAUGCGAUAUUACUUAUGUCACAAACAGUGAGCUUGGUUUUGAUUAUCUAAGAGAUAACCUUGCAAUGACUGUAGAUGAACUUGUCUUGAGGAACUUCAAUUACUGUGUGAUAGAUGAAGUUGAUUCAAUCCUUAUUGAUGAAGCAAGAACACCUCUUAUAAUAUCAGGCCUAGCUGAAAAGCCAAGCGACCGGUAUUACAAAGCAGCAAAAAUAGCUGAUGCUUUUGAGCGAGACAUUCAUUACACGGUGGAUGAAAAGCAAAGAAAUGUUUUACUUACAGAAGAAGGUUAUGCUGAUGCUGAAGAAAUACUGGACAUAAAUGAUCUAUAUGAUCCUCGUGAACAGUGGGCUUCGUAUGUUCUAAAUGCAAUCAAGGCUAAGGAGCUCUUCCUUAAAGAUGUCAAUUACAUUGUUCGUAGCAAGGAAGUGCUUAUUGUAGAUGAGUUUACUGGCAGAGUUAUGCCGGGCAGGCGAUGGAGUGAUGGUCUCCAUCAAGCAAUUGAAGCAAAAGAAGGUGUAUCUAUACAAAAUGAAACCAUAACUCUCGCAUCAAUAAGUUACCAAAACUUCUUUCUUCAGUUUCCCAAACUCUGUGGCAUGACUGGAACUGCAGCUACAGAGACCCAAGAGUUUGAGAGCAUAUAUAAACUUAAAGUUACUGUUGUUCCAACAAACAAGCCAAUGAUACGGAAGGUACUUGCACUCUGUUGUAAUAAUUGUUUAAUAUGCUGUAAAACUGUGAAAGACCUUUCCUUUUAUUUCAUCCCAUUUUCUGCCAAAAAAAUGAUUUUGCUUCUUUCUUUGCAGGAUGAUUCAGAUGUUGUUUUUAGAGCAACAAAUGGAAAAUGGCGUGCUGUUCUUGUGGAGAUAUCAAGAAUGAAUAAAGUUGGCCGUCCUGUGCUUGUUGGUACCACCAGUGUUGAGCAAAGUGAAUCUUUAUCAGAGCAAUUGCGUGAAGCUGGGAUUCCUCAUGAGGUCCUGAAUGCUAAGCCAGAGAAUGUUGAGAGGGAGGCAGAGAUCGUAGCUCAGAGUGGACGCCUUGGUGCUGUGACAAUUGCCACCAAUAUGGCAGGACGUGGAACUGAUAUUAUUCUUGGUGGCAAUGCAGAAUUCAUGGCCAGGUUGAAGUUGCGUGAGAUCCUUAUGCCAAGAGUUGUCAAUCCAAUAGAUGGUGUUAUUGUAUCCAAAAAGCAGAUGCCACCACGAAAGACAUGGAAGACGAAUGAAAGCUUGUUCCCAUGUGAACUUUCAAAAGAAACAUUAUCAUCCGUCAAAGAUACAGUUGAAAUGGCUGUCAAAGAAUGGGGAGAGAAAUCAUUAACUGAACUGGAAGCAGAAGAGCGGUUGUCCUACUCAUGUGAGAAGGGACCAACACGUGAUGAAGUAAUAGCAAAUUUGAGAAAUGCAUUUAUGAAGAUAGCAGACGAAUAUAAAGUUUUCACUGAGGAGGAAAAGAAGAAGGUCAUUACAGCAGGCGGACUUCAUGUAGUAGGAACAGAGCGCCAUGAAUCGCGCAGAAUUGACAAUCAGCUCCGUGGUCGAAGUGGAAGACAAGGGGAUCCUGGAAGCUCUCGCUUCUUUCUUAGUCUCGAGGAUAAUAUUUUCCGGAUCUUUGGAGGUGACAGGAUACAGGGUCUGAUGCAAGCAUUUCGAGUUGAAGAUCUGCCUAUUGAAUCGAAAAUGCUAACAAGGGCUCUAGAUGAAGCACAACGAAAAGUUGAGAACUACUUUUUUGACAUCAGGAAGCAGUUGUUUGAGUAUGAUGAGGUAUUGAAUAGCCAGAGAGAUCGUGUAUAUGCAGAAAGAAGACGUGCUCUUGCAUCUGACAGUCUUGAGUCACUUAUUGUGGAAUAUGCUGAAUUGACAAUGGACGACAUAUUAGAGGCUAACAUAGGCCCUGAUACUCCAAAGGAAAAUUGGGACCUGAGCAAACUUAUAGCUAAGCUGCAACAGUAUUGCUAUCUGUUGGAUGAUUUGACACCAGAAUUGUUGGAGGGCAAAAGCUCAAGCUAUGAGGAUUUGCGGGAGUACCUCCGUAAGCGAGGACGUGAAGCUUACUUCCAAAAAACUGAAAUUGUGGAGAAGCAAGCUCCAGGAUUGAUGAAGGAGGCUGAGCGGUUUCUAAUUCUCAGCAAUAUCGAUAGGCUGUGGAAAGAACACCUGCAGGCACUAAAAUUUGUCCAACAAGCUGUUGGUUUAAGGGGUUAUGCCCAACGAGAUCCCCUUAUUGAGUAUAAACUUGAGGGAUAUAAUCUUUUCUUAGACAUGAUGGCUCAAAUCAGGAGGAAUGUUAUUUAUUCUGUAUAUCAGUUCAAACCAGUAGUGAAGAACCAAGAAGAGGAAGCAUCCCAAAAGAAGGUGUCAAAAAAGAAACUGGACAAAGGAGCUAACAAACUUGGUGCUGCCCAAGCAGCGUCAUGAUCUUCCUGUGAGAAAUGUUGCUGGUGCUUUUAGUUGCAGUGGCUGCAGUCUCCACAUGUACAAAGAUGGUCGUUACGUAUGAGAAAUGUACUUCAUGAUAUGAGUCAGCUGAUUUUGGUAGCUUCAUACUGGGACACAGCUUUCCAGUAUUUUUUUGUCUUGAGCUAUUGUUGUUAUUAUCAGCAGAUCCUGUGCCUCAGCAUAUCUUUGUUCAUAGAAUGGACAGCGUCAAUUCUACUAGUUGUACAGAAAUAGUACAUCGUCAAUGGAAGAGAUUUUGCUCCUCAACCCACAGUUUUGUAUAAUAAUGUAAUUCAUUCUUAUCGACACUGAUUACUGAAA